CAUGAGUUCUUUGCUUUCAAAAGUUGUCGCAACCUAAACAGAAUUGAAGACAGUACCAUGAGUCAAACAAUGGAGGAGUAUCAGUCUAAUGAGAGUGAAGACAAAAGAAGUUGGAUUUGGAGUAAGGCGUUAAGCGUUGGGAAGAAGGUUCUGACAGCUGGUGUCGUAGUGUCUUCAGCUCCACUUCUUGUUCCUUCACUUUUUGUCGCCUCGACUAUCGCCUUCCUCUCCUCGGUUCCUUUUUGUUUCUUCUUGGCUAAUUAUGCUUGUACUCAAAAGGUCAUGAGUACUCUGCUUCCUGAUACUGAAGAAACCGGUGGAGUUGACAAGGAAGAUGAUGAAUCUAGAUUUGAUGAGUACAGCAAGAUUGGUCACCGUGAAGGCGCGGCUGAAGUUGGUGAGGCUGCACUUUUCAUGGCUACGGAUGAACCCAUUCCCAUUCAGGUUAAGGAAGAUGAGGAGAUGGCGAAAGAGUCAACGAGCUUGCUAGAGAAAAUUAGGGAUGAGGGUAGAACUGACAGAGAAACCUCUGAGAAAGAAUUACAAGAUGAUAAAAAGUCCGGAAAUGCCAAGUCAGAGGAGGUUCAAGAACAGCCUGAAAAGCGGGAAGCGCCUGAGACUGGACGUGAAGGGGAACUUGGGGCCACAAAAACUGAAACUUCUACGGGCAAGGACGAUGAGGAAACGUCUUCGAAUGAGCCGAUAGACCAAGCUAGUGGGGCACAAGGAACCGGGGAAGAGAAACGAAAAAACACAACUAAGAAAAAGAAGAAAACCGGGCGUGCAGUUAUAGACGCGUUGGUGGGAGAUGUCUCGAGCCUGCUCUCGGAAUGUUUAUUUCGAGUGCGAUGCUUUGUUAAAGUGUAUAGUGAGGAGCAAAUAUGGGAGAAGAUGGAGACGCUGAGGAAGGUAGUAGGAUACAGUGUUGCAAGGAGUGCCACAUGCGCAGAGGAGUUAAAGGCUCUCUAUGUCUUCACCGGCGUGGUGGAGCCACCUCGCUCAAGUUUAAACAAUGACACUCACGAUAUCGCACAUCUUACUAUUAGACUUCGCUUCCUCAUGUCUGUUAUCGGAAUAAACUAGUUUGAUGGUGUGUUUUUUGUAUUAGAUUGAGGACAUGUGUUGUGUACUAAAUCUCAACUUUGUAU